GGCAUCGUCGAACACUCCGAGCCAGAAUUGCAGUGUUGCGCCAACGAACGAGAAGGAGAGAAGAUAUAAAAAAGAAAACAAAGAGAGAAUAAGAGUAAUUGGAAUAAGAGAGAAUAUGCAGGCUGUUUCGAUUAUCUCGCGGAUUGCGCGUGCGCGGGGUGUGACUUCUGCGUGCACGACGUCUACACGACUCUUCUCCUCCGUCGUCUGCUCACCCAACUCCCUCGCCUCCGCCCGCUCCUCCCUCAUCUCCCCGCACGCCCGCUCCCUCCUCAACUCCUCCCCCUCCCCCUCCACAACAACACCACCAUCAACAACCGCACACCUCCCGCCCUCGCUGCUCUCGAUCGCAGAACUGGGCCAGCGCCGCUGGAGAGCCCGCGGAAACACGUACCAACCCAGCACAUACAAGCGCAAGCACCGCAUCGGCUAUCUCGCCCGCAUGCGCUCAAAGUCCGGGCGCAAGAUUAUCGCCAGACGGAAGGCUAAGGGGCGCUGGUUUCUUACCCACUAGUUCUUUGUCUAUUUAUAUAUAUCUCGUCGUCUACAAUUGUACAUAUAAUAUAAUCAUUUUUUCAUUA